UUCUCCAAUUUAGUUUUUAAUCUUGAUUUAUUAUAGGUUUUGGCACUCAAUCGUUGUUUACAGAUGUUUUUCCGAACAAUUGCUGAAUUUCUUUUUAAAGGAAUUCGUAUUUUUGUUUGGUUAUUAUUUUGUACUUUAUAUGCCCUAUAUUGCAUGUUUUUUAUUAAACCAAUUCUUUUUUCUGGAAUUUAUUUUGCGUGGUUUUUCUAUCCUUUUGUUGGUUAUAGAGAAGAUUAUGGAGAGGUUAUUUGGAGAUAAA